GGGUAACUUUUUACUUCAGUACUGCAUCGUCUUGUCAUGCUCUAUAUUUAGAAACAGUACACAUACAUACAUAUAUAUAUAUAUAUAUAUAUAUAUAUAUAUAAUGGCUAUAUAUCUGAAUAUAUCGUCAAUUUCUUAAACCAACUCAUGUUGUAUUGUCGAGUUUGAUUCAAUAUGUAUAGUUCGUCUUCAACUUGUGCUUUGAAUUUGCUUGGCUCAGAUCCUUCUGAUCCCAAGCCAAUGACUUGGAAUUAUUAGUUCUAGUAACUGUUUUAUUUGCGAGGUUCUUCUCUUCACGAAACGCGAUGGCACUCUCCGGCAACUCUCAGCAAAAGAUCGUCACCGGCGAUGCUGGUUACGUCCUCGAAGACGUCCCUCAUUUGUCUGAUUACAUUCCUGAUCUUUCUACUUAUCCAAACCCGUUGCAAGACAAUCCUGCAUACUCAGUUGUCAAGCAAUAUUUUGUCCAUGACGACGACACUGUUGCACAAAAGGUUGUUGUUCACAAGAACAGUCCAAGAGGGACACAUUUCCGACGCGCUGGACCACGUCAAAAGGUGUAUUUUGAGUCGGAUGAAGUACACGCAUGCAUUGUUACAUGUGGGGGCUUAUGCCCUGGUCUCAACACAGUGAUUAGGGAGUUAGUAUGCGGCCUUUUCCACAUGUAUGGUGUAAAGAAGGUUCUGGGAAUAGAUGGAGGAUAUAAGGGUUUCUAUUCUCGAAAUACAAUCCCUUUAACACCCAAGGUUGUAAAUGAUAUCCAUAAACGCGGUGGAACCAUUCUUGGGACUUCAAGAGGUGGCUAUGAUACUACAAAGAUAGUCGACAGCAUUCAGGACCGCGGUAUAAAUCAGGUUUACAUUAUUGGAGGAGAUGGAACUCAGCAAGGGGCAUCUGUUAUUUAUGAGGAAAUUAGAAGGCGUGAGCUCAAAGUUGUAGUUGCUGGUAUUCCCAAAACCAUUGAUAAUGACAUUCCGGUUAUUGACAAGUCAUUCGGCUUUGAUACUGCUGUCGAGGAAGCUCAACGUGCCAUUGCCGCUGCACAUGUUGAAUCUGAAAGCAUUGAGAAUGGCAUUGGUCUUGUGAAAUUAAUGGGUCGCUACAGUGGGUUUAUUGCAAUGUAUGCUACUCUUGGCAGCCGGGAUGUUGACUGUUGCUUGAUUCCGGAGUCACCCUUUUAUCUGGAAGGAGCAGGUGGACUUUUUGAAUAUAUAGAGAAACGACUCAAAGAACAUGGGCACAUGGUUAUUGUCAUAGCUGAAGGUGCAGGGCAAGAGAUGCUUUCUGAGAGUUUGCGUCAUAGUGAUCAGAAGGAUGCUUCAGGAAACAAGCUUCUCCAUGAUGUUGGGCUGUGGAUAUCUCACAGGAUCAAGGAUCAUUUCUCAAAACAAAAGAAGAUGGUCAUCAAUCUCAAAUAUAUAGAUCCUACAUACAUGAUCCGUGCUAUUCCAAGUAAUGCAUCUGAUAACGUUUGCUGCACACUUCUUGCUCAAAGUGCUGUGCAUGGAGCAAUGGCUGGGUACACAGGCUCUACAGUUGGACUUGUCAAUGGCAGACAUUCUUACAUACCCUUCUAUCGAAUUAAUGAGAGACAGAACAAGGUUGUGAUAACGGACAGGAUGUGGGCUAGGCUCCUUUCAUCUACUAAUCAGCCGAGCUUUUUGACUGCAAAAGAUGUCAUCGAUACCGAUAGAGAGGAAGUACCCCCUACUCAGUCUUUGGAGGAUAAUAAUUGUUCGGAUGACAAAUUGGUUAACAAAGAGAUUUUGUGCUGAGAAUUUGACAUUGUAAUGCUCAGUAAAUUGCUUCUGUUACUGCAAUCUGGUCAUUAGCUCACUUAAGUUCCUUUCCACGUGAUUGAUCUUCUUGUAUUGUUAUAUUUAAGGAAAUACGAAGUUUUUAUGUGUCCUUUUUAAGUUUAUGUAGAAAGCAAUACUAAGUUUUUAUGUAUCCUUUUUAAGUUUAUGCAGAAAGCAAUACUAAGUUUUUAUGUGUC